CCGUGCUUAUCUUUCUCGCCUCUCUGACUCUUAUAUUUUUCUCUCUAGCCUCGUGCUUUGAAAAGGAGAGAUUUUUGUAAGUCGCGUGUAUUGAAAACAUUGAUCAUGGCAGGGAAAGCCUAGAAUUUACUUCAACCUACUUGAGGUAAAAUAUCUCGAGCAGAGCUUUAAUUGCAAGUAGGCCAGUCAUCGGAUCUUCUCUCUUAAGAGCUAAGCAAUAGCACCAUCUCUCUCUCUCUCUUGAAUAAGCUCCUCUGCUCUGUUUUUUUUUCUUUCUAUCUUCUCUCUAUCUAUCUCUUUUAUUCAGUGGACUUGUGAAACAAAACCAAAAAUGGCAUCUUCUUCUAGAUUCCAAUCUGAGUUCUGUCCUCUCUCGCCGUGUCCCUCUAUCGAACGGGUUAAAGACGCAUGUCGUUUCCUCGUAUCCGCUGUUCUUGGCACAAUUCUCUCGGCGAUCUUGACCUUCUUCUUCGCUCUAGUGGGAACAUUGCUCGGAGCGGUCACAGGAGCUUUGAUAGGCCAAGAAACAGAGAGUGGCUUCAUCCGAGGAGCUGCGGUUGGAGCCAUCUCAGGAGCUGUUUUCUCCAUCGAAGUCUUUGAGUCAUCUCUUGUUCUCUGGAAAUCUAAUGAGUCACGUUUCGGUUGCCUCCUCUACUUGAUUGAUGUCAUUGUUAGUCUUAUAAGUGGUAGACUUGUACGGGAACGCAUAGGUCCAGCAAUGCUAAGUGCUGUUCAAAGUCAGAUGGGAGCUGUGGAUGCAACUUUCGAUGACCUCUCGAGUAUCUUUGACACCGGUGGCUCAAAAGGAUUAACAAAAGAUAUGGUUGAUCAAAUACCCAAAAUCAAAAUCACAGGCAGAAACAACUUAGAUGCUUCCGGCAACAAAGACUCUUGUUCUGUUUGUCUUCAGGUACACUCUCUCUCAGCUCUUAUGAAAACCACCCCUCACAUUCAGAACAAGGUUUUAAAAAAGGUCUUUUGUUUCUUCUGUGUGAAAAUUUUGCAGGAUUUUCAGCUUGGUGAAACGGUAAGAAGCUUGCCGCAAUGUCAUCACAUGUUUCACUUGCCUUGCAUAGACAAUUGGCUCCUCAGACACGGAUCUUGUCCUAUGUGUAGACGUGAUCUCUAAUCUCCUCUCCCUUUCUUACCCAUUUGCACAGUCUCCAUCUCUCUCCUUUUCUUAUAUGUAUGGUCAUAAUCUUGUGGUUAGUCUCUCUCUAUAUGUACAAAGAAAAAAAAAAGUUUUGUUGAUCUUGAAAGCCAGAAAAACUCAACCAAAUCCAUUUAAUAGAUUGUGUGUUGGUCUCACCAAACUUUAAAGUGGUUGAUGUUUUCGCAAUAUUCUUUUAAGUUA